AUGCCCCACUGCCGUAAAGCGCGGCCGGGCGCCCUGCUGCUGCGGGGGCCUGGUCGGGGCGGGAUGCUGGGCGGCGGCGGGGCCGGCGGGGCGGCCGGGGGGGCCUCUCCGCUGCCGCUGCUGCACCCGCGGACGGGCCGGCUGGUGACGGUGUCGCGGGGCGGCCGGAGCGCGGCUCGCUCGCAGCCCGGCCAGGAGUUCAACCACGGGCUGGUGCUGAGCCGGGAGCCCCUCGCCCCCGGGGCCCUCUUCACCGUCCGAAUCGAUCGGAAGGUCAACUCCUGGAGCGGCUCCUUGGAGAUCGGGGUGACCGCCUUGGACCCCAACCACCUGGACUUCCCCAGCAGCGCCACCGGCCUCAAGGGGGGCUCUUGGAUCAUCUCCGGCUGCUCCGUCCUUCGCGAUGGGCGCUCCAUCCUGGAGGAGUACGGUCAGGACCUGGACCAGCUGGGCGAAGGUGACCGGGUGGGCAUCCAGCGGACGGCCAGCGGGGAGCUGCACCUCUGGGUCAACGGCCAGGACUGCGGCGUGGCGGCCAUGGGUAUCCCGCCCCGCGUCUGGGCCGUGGUCGACCUCUACGGCAAGUGCACCCAGAUCACGGUGGUGCCAGGGAACGUGGAGGAAGCGGAAGAGGGACCCUCCCGCGAUGAAGCCCUGGAAGCGCCUUGCAACCAGACUCGGCCGGAUAAAUUUCCUAGUAGCCUGGAAUCGGAGAACGGCUUCUCCAGCACAGAGCUGUCGGAGGUGGUAAGCAAUGCCAUCCUGUCGGCCUACAACGGGAGCCUCCUCAAUGUCAACCUGGUCAGCCCCGCCUCGGACUCCCCGCCCGGGGGCGCGCCCCCCAUGACCUCCAACGACGCCCUGCUCUUCCACGAGAAGUGUGGCACCCUGAUCAAGCUCAGCAACAACAACAAGACGGCCGAGAGGCGCCGGCCGCUGGACGAGUUCAACAACGGCGUGGUCAUGACCAACCGGCCGCUGCGGGACAACGAGAUGUUUGAGAUCCGCAUCGACAAGCUGGUGGACAAGUGGUCGGGCUCCAUCGAGAUCGGGGUCACCACCCACAACCCCAACAACCUGGAGUAUCCGGCCACCAUGACGAACCUGCGCUCAGGAACCAUUAUGAUGAGCGGCUGCGGGAUUCUCACCAACGGGAAAGGUACCCGACGGGAAUACUGCGAAUUCAGCUUGGAUGAGUUGCAGGAAGGCGACCACAUCGGUUUGACCCGGAAAUCCAACAACGCCCUUCACUUCUACAUCAACGGCAUUGACCAAGGCGUCGCCACCACCCUCACCCCCUUGGUGGUCUACGGCGUGGUGGACCUCUACGGCAUGGCCGUGAAGGUCACCAUCGUGCACAAUCACAACCACAGCGACCGGCUUCGGCGCAACAACGCCAUCAUGAGAGCCCUCUCGCCGGACGUUGGGCGGAGGGCCAUCGACGCCGGGGGCAGCGAGCCGGAACCCGAACGCCUCCUCUUCCACCCAAACUGCGGUCAGAAAGCUGCCAUUAUCAACGAAGGACGGACGGCACUGCGGCCUCAGUACGUAUCUUCCAUCGGAGUAGAGAGCUGGAAAGGGGACCUUAGAGAUCUCCUCCCUCUUCCCGACGACCUCUCGGAGGGGAACAACCAGCUCUCCCCCAGCAGUCCCUCCUCCGUGGCUUCAGGGAGUGACCUGCGGUUCCAUCACCUCCACGGGAACAACGCCGUCAUCACCAACGGGGGGCGCACGGCCCUGCGCCAGAACUGCCGCAGUGAAUUCAACGACGCCAUUGUCAUCUCCAACCGGCCCCUCCGGGAUGGCGAACUGUUCGAAAUCGUUAUCCAGAAGAUGGUGGAUCGUUGGUCGGGGUCCAUUGAAGCAGGAGUCACCGCCAUCCGUCCGGAAGACCUGGAAUUUCCCAAUACAAUGACGGACAUUGACUACGAUACCUGGAUGCUCAGUGGCACCGCCAUUAUGCAGGACGGAAACACCCUGCGCAACAACUACGGCUGCGACUUGGACUCGCUGACCACCGGCUCACGCAUUGGCAUGAUGCGGACGGUGAAGGGGGACCUGCACUACUUCAUCAACAGCGUGGACCAGGGGGUGGCAUGCUCCGGACUGCCCCCAGGGAAGGAGGUCUACGCCGUGGUGGACCUCUAUGGCCAGUGCGUCCAGGUGUCCAUCACCAGCUCCACGGGGCCCCUGGACAACAGCCUCUCCACCAGCAACAUCACAGAGAAGUCCUUCCCCAUCCACUCCCCGGUUCCCGGCGUGGCCCACCGUUUCCACAGCUCCUGCGGCAAGAACGUGGCCUUUCAGGACGACGGGUGCCGAGCUGUGCGGGUGUCCAGUUUCUGCCACGGCAUCGUUUUCAGCAUGAAGGAACUGAAGACGGAUGAAAUCUUUGAGGUGAAGAUUGACAAGAUGGACGACAAGUGGUCCGGAUCGGUCCACGUGGGCUUGACCACACUGCUGCCCUCGGAUGCCUCCUGCAUGGCCACGGGGCUGCCCUCUUCUCUCCUGGAGCUGCGUUCCAAGGUGACCUGGCUAGUGACGGGCUCGGAGGUCCGGCGCAACGGCAUCCUGCAGAAGCAGAAUUACGGCUGCUCUCUGGAGCGUCUGGGGGUGGGCAGCCGCGUGGGGGUGAAGCGUUGCACUGACGACACCAUGCAUGUGCUGAUCGACGGGGAGGACAUGGGGGCGGCCGCCACUGGUGUGGCCAAG